AUGCCAAUAUACAAACCACCUUCUUUAGUUCGACAAAAUGCUUUCAUAUUAGAAGAUGACCAGACAGAAACCCCUUUAGAUACAGUGUGUCGAAUUUGUUUCAAAGUAACCACUGAUGACGAUGAUGACUUAUUCCAGCCAUGCCAAUGCCAAUCAUCCACGUAUUCUACCUUAUGUAGAUAUGCUCAUCAAAAGUGCUUCAGUCAAUGGCUGAAAGAAAACGGAUAUCCAACACACUGUAUCAAAUGUAAAUCCGUUUAUGCAAACGUACCCAGCACAGACAUCUCGAAGAACCGUCGCCGUCGUAAAUAUGCCAUGUCAAUAGUCAUCUCUAUCAUUGUAUUAUACUCGCUGUAUCAUUUGCUUUCCUCUUGCUCGACUAUUGAGAUAAUACCAUCCACCAAACUGUAUGCUGACUUUGGUGAUAAUACCUACAAGAAUGUACCCGAAGUAUUAUACGCUCCACGUAUAAGCAAAUCCUGUGUAAAGUCAAGCUUUCCCAUGCAUUGUACGAUAUCUGUCAUGAUGAUUUCAAUCAUACUCUUUUUCUUUUACUAG